UUCCCAACAUUAAUAUCUUUAGGUCACCGCUAGAGGAAGCUUAUGUCAGUUUCGUAAAAUACAUGCAUACAUAGUCAAAAUAAACGUGCUCUAUCUAAUAGAAGCAAAAUGGAGGAAUCUCCAAAAGCUGCAGUUAUUUGUGAAAUCAAAGAUAAAAGUAAUGAAGAAAAACUAAUGGGAUCAAAUUCUGAACUUCAAGCAGUUGAAAAUGUGGACAAAGAGCAAACUGUUGGCAACACAAAAGAAACAAGUUCUUCAUAUGAAGGAAAUGUGCAAAAUGACAGUGCAUCUAGCCAGUAUCGAUAUAUUCAGUGUGGAUUCACCUCAGAAGUGUAUAAAAUUGAAGUUGGCAAUUUGCCUCAGUUUGUACAUUAUGGACAAUUGAAGAAGGAACUUACUGCCAAACUGAAGUUGAAGCCACAUAAAAUCAAAAUACUUGGAAAUAAUGCUAAAUUUGCUUUUGUGACAUUUCGUUGUGAAGAAGACAGAGAGGAGGCUUUAAAAAAACUCCAGGGCCAUAGUUUCAAAAAACGAGAAUUAAAAGUAAAAAAGGCAAAUCCUAUAGCAGAUCCUUUGGUGAAGAAAAGAAAGUUGCAUGAGAAUAACGAUAGAAUAAAAAAAAAACAGCUCAAGGAAGAAGAACCUAAUAUUCCUGUAGCUCUAAGACUGAAGAAUGUAGUGACACCUCUAUGGGAGAAAGACUAUCAGGAACAGUUAAAACUAAAAGAAUCCAACCUCCAUGGAGUUUUAGUGAAGUUAGGAAGAAAAAUUGAGAAAAUCAACCCUUCUCUUUUGCCAUGGCUACAAGAGCAACGGGAACAAAAUGAUUUUAAGUGUUGUCCAUUACUACCAAUCAGAGAAUCUCCUGUUACUACUGGCUAUCGAAAUAAAUGUGAAUUUACUGUAGGAAGACAUGUGGAGUCAUCGGAGGUUACUGUGGGAUUUCGUUUAAGUAGCUACAAGGAUGGUUGUAUGUUUAUUGGAGAACCUGACCAGUGCAUGAAUAUUUCCAAACCUAUGCUUCAGGUUGUUAAGGUCUUUCAGAAGUAUGUCCAAAACUCUGAUAAAGAGCCUUACAAUCCAGAAACAUAUGAAGGAUUUUGGCGUCAGCUGACUGUCCGCAAUUCUAGUAAAGGGGAUAUUUUGUUAAUAGUUGUGAUGCAUCCUCAGUCUUUAACACAGGAACAACUAAACCAUGAAAAACAGCAGCUAAAAUCAUACUUUGUGUCAGGCCCAGGUCAGUCUUGUGGAGUGACAUCUCUAUAUUUCCUUUUGUAUUCCAAGAAACAGGGUAGUGGAUCUGAACCACCACCAGAGCAUCUUUGGGGAAAGACUUAUAUUGAAGAAUCCAUUCUGAACAUUAACUUUCAAAUUGGGCCAGAGGCAUUUUUCCAAGUGAACACCAAAGCAGCUGAGGUUUUAUACUCUACUGUAGCUGAGUUUGCCAACUUAACUCCAACUACAACAAUUCUUGAUAUCUGUUGUGGCACUGGAACUAUAGGACUCAGCCUAGCAAAGAAAGUUAAAAAAGUUAUUGGACUUGAGUGUUCAGCAGAAGCAAUUGGAAAUGCAUGUAUGAAUGCUCAAAUUAAUGAUAUCCAUAAUGUGGAUUUUAUUUGUGGAAAAGCUGAAGAUAUGAUUCAUGAAGUAAUCGAGAAAGCAGAAUCAUCUAACAUUGUGGCUAUAGUGGAUCCUCCAAGAGCAGGGCUGCAAAUAAAAGUUAUCAAGACUAUCAGAGCAACCACACAGAUACAUCAUUUAGUGUAUGUUUCAUGCAGUCCUGAGACUGCCUUGACAAAUUUUGUUGACCUAUGUAGACCAGCCUCCAACAACUACAGAGGUGACUGUUUUGUACCUGUGGUUGCUAUUCCUGUUGAUCUUUUCCCUCAUACACCACACUGUGAACUUGUCAUUGUAUUUGAAAGAAAAAGUUGCAAUACAUAAAAAUAAAAUGGUAUUGAAAUUCUUUA